AUGGAUGAUAUAGACACAGUGAAGAAACUAUUGGUUUCCCUCAACCAUGGAGUGGACGAACUUGAGAUUAAGCUCAAGUCUGGGAUGCUAGCUAAGAGCUUGCUAAAUCAUAUCCAAGGUACCAAAACUCCGCUCGAAAAAGUUGACCUAUACAAUAAUUAUGCCUACGUGAUCGCUUCUCUUUACUUUGUGCUGUUGAAGACUAGCGGCGAGAAUAAGAAGAAUGAACACCCCAUAAUGCAAGAGCUCAACCGUGUGAAACUUUAUAUCGAGCGAGCGAAAAAAGCAGCUACCAAAGAAGAAAAUACAGAAGAGUUCAAACGGAAAGUUGCAGAGGCCGCUGAACGCCACGUGCGAAAUCAACUUGGUGAGAAGAUAGAGCCAGCGGUGAGCAAGUUGCAUUUCGAGGGCAAGCACACAAAAUUCGGAGACAAAGAAGACAAGGAGACCGAGAAAACUACGAAGAAGCGCAAGACAGACUCCGACGAUUCGAAAGACUUGAAAAAGUCCAAGACGAAACACAAGAAGUCAAAGGAGACCAAGAGCAAGAAGUGA